UACAGUCUAUGGGCCAGAUUUUUUAGAAAUUCAGCAGCAGCUGCCUUUGUGGUUUGUUCCCCAGAGGAGCUGAGAACUUUGGAGAAUCUGGAAUCACUCUCGCUGUUUUAUACCAAGAGUGUCCCUUUAAAAUAUCAUCUUUCUAUCUUAGGGUCACGAAGCUCAACAGGAAAUGCAGGGAACUCUAACAGCUAUGUGUAACCUAACAGCGGAAAAGUGAGUUGAGCAAGAGAAAGAAAAUGACAGAUCACGCCCACACCAGGUUGAUGAAACGUAACAGCAGAACAGCCCCCUUCCUUUGUACUUACAGUGCCAAACUUCCAGGAAGAAACAGGGGAACCAACUCACUUCAGAGAAGUUGCCUGCACUUUGCAAUGUCUGGGCCCCCUCCCACAGGCACGUCUGAAAGGGUUGAGCCACACAUUGAACGAGCCAUGGAGGAGCAUAACAUGCCUGCCAGAAGCAGGAAGCUGGGCUCCAGCCGACGAAAGCAGAUGCGAGGCGUGUCUGGGGGUGCAAUGACGGCCCCAAUCCCGGAGGAGCAGCAGUUCCCACCCGAAAUAAUGGAAAAGAUUCAGGAUUUCUUCCAAGAAUGUGACAAGGACCAGAAAGGUUUUAUCACACGCGCCGAUAUGCAGAAGCUGAAGAGGGAGGAUUUCCCAUGCAUCGCAGCGGAGCUGGAGCUCAUCUUUGAUGGUCUCGACACAGACAGGAACGGCUAUUUAACUACAGAGGAAUUCACCGCAGGGCUCAAGCAGUUCCUGAACUUGCAGACUGCCACAAAGGCACACAGGAGGAGGAAGACUGCAUCCAGGAGGGUGUUCAUGGCCCCCACGGACCACUCCUUGGAAGAAGCAGACAGCGAGGAAAGGAAAUGCUUCCAAGCCUUCAUGGACCAACUGGGAGCAGACAAUAUCUUUGAAGACCAAUCAGAGAUUUGGGGGCUCUGGGUGAAGCUCCGACAAGACGAGCCUCAGCUGUUGGGGAACCUGGAGGAAUUCUUGGCCAAGAUGACAAACCGGAUCAAGGACACUCGGCGCGAAAAGGUGACACUGGAGCUGACCUUGAACAAAAGGGUCACUGACCACAACCGGGAGGUGCAGCAGCUGUAUGAGGAAACGGAGCAACAAAUCAAGCAGGAGAAGCAGCGCCUGCAGCAUGAGAGUAAAGCCAGGACUCACCUGCACACCACGGAGAUGCAGAGAGCACUAGACAUUGUGGACAGUGAAGUGCAGCGCGUACUCUUGGCUCAAAGCGAGCUUGAGACCCAGUUCCACAGCCUAAGCACCAAGCAGUUUGCUGCCGCCACCGAGAACCAGAGGCUGAAACAAAACAACCAGGACCUGGAGAACCAGCUGCAGCAAAUCCACAUACAGCUGCAAGAGACCCAAGGGCAUCUGGGUGCUAUGAGGGGCAAGGUAUCUUGGCUGCACAGUGAGGAGCAGAGCGACAGGCCAUUGGCUGAGGCAACGCAGGAGCUCCCUCUGCCUUCCCAGGAUUCGUUGAACAAGGAUGAAACGUCCUGCUCUGAAAGACAGAUUAGACUUGCAUCCCAGCAGAGUGGCGAUACAUCAGACAGCUCCCGUCAGCUGGCACCAUGCAGUGUUUCGGUUGCUCCUGAAGCUGAUCCAGGACAGAGGACAAGAGUAAUCUCCAUAGAGGAAGAUCCCUUCCCAGAGUUUAUGAAAGAGGGAGACUCAUUCUUCCAGCAGGAACUUUCAAGCCAAAGCUCACUGCUCAGGGAACUGAACGAUGCAAUAGCAGCUCUGCACAAGGGGUCUGACCCACACAUACCGCAGAUGGAUGAUCUACCGCAAGGGGAUGCAUCUGUGCCCUCAGCUGGAAAAGGCAGAGAUUCCGAGCAAAGGCUCAAGCGGGUCAGAGAGUCCGAGCACCAGGUGCUCUCAGGAAAUGACAAUGAACCGAAGGCCCUGCCUAACACACUUUCAGACCUGUCCCCCAAUCAGGCUCCAUCACAAGGAGAGACUCUGAAACAGGGACUAACUCAAGCAGAAUCUUGUGCUCAGGAGGGAAAGCAGCCUGGGGCUUCGGAGCCAGCAACACAUGACGAGACUCAACAACUAAGGCCAAGAGAUCCUCUUUGUACCACUGCUUCCAAGCCCACAAUGCAAAUCGCCUUUCACAAGAAGAGCCCACCCAAGGGAGGCAUUCUCCAGCCGGAUGGCUGGCAGCCUGGUGUUUCAGAGCAGACAGUGCCAGAUGAAAUUCAGAAGUGGGGAUCAAUGACGAGAGACGUGCUCCUGGCAGACAUGUGGCUGUUUGCUGCUUCGGAGCAGAGGCAGCUGGAGGAAAAGGCUCCAGAAAUGAAAGUACCAGAGAAGACAUUUGAGCAGAGUGAGACACUGAGAGAGGAGACCACACCAACUUAUCUCCCUUAUGUGGGAGCCCUGCAGGAGGAAGGUAUAGAAAAUGAAGGAGGGGAAGCCCUUCUCGGAGCUAGUCAGCUGGGGGUUCGGACCCAGGCCAAGACACAGCUGCAAAGCACUGGGAAGCCAGAAGUGAUACAGGCAGAGGGAUCACGAGGAGACACAGCUAUUUGUCAAUGGGAGGAGAAGGAAGAGAGCAGCGUGAAAGCGAGCAAGGACGCAGUCCCCAAAUCAGGGGGCCAACAGUACCAAGCUAAUGUGACACCAGAGCAGCCAGGCAGAGCUGAGAUCAGCCCUGAUCCAGACCAUCUUUAUAACGUGUUGUUUGUGGGAGACUCGAACGUUGGCAAAACGUCCUUUCUGUACCGAUUACAUGAGGAUUCCUUCAACCCAAACCUCACUGCCACUGUAGGAGUGGAUUAUCGAGUCAAAAACCUUUUUGUGGACAACAAGUGCUUUGCUCUACGCCUGUGGGACACAGCUGGCCAGGAGAGGUACCACAGCGUCACCAAGCAGUUCUUCCGAAAAGCGGACGGAGUGGUGUUGAUGUAUGAUGUCACUUCAGCAUACUCCUUCGCAGACGUGCGGUACUGGCUGACUUGCAUCCAGGAAGGAGCAGGAGAUGGAAUUGUCAUCCUUCUACUUGGUAACAAAACAGACUGUGGUGCAGAAAGACAGGUAUCAACUGAAGAGGGCGAACACUUGGCUAAGGAGUACGAGCUCUUGUUUUAUGAAUGCAGUGCUGCAUCAGGCCACCAAGUCUCUGAAUCUAUGUUUGGCUUGGCUAGGUCACUGAAAGCUCACGAAGACAGAUUAAAAACAGAAGUGGUGGAUGUACCAAAGCCACCUAAGAAGAAAAGAGGCUGCUGCGGAUGAUCCAGAAACUCAGAGCUUUGAGCACAAAAACACAGCCAGAAAUCACAAAAAUAGAACCCUAUUAUCCUUCAUCUCUGCUUCCCAUGUCUGACUUUGAUUGCCUUUAAGCAUUGCAGAACAAACACAAGUAUGAAGACUGGUACUUCUGCUGUUUUUAUUAUCUAUAUAUAUAUCUUGCUUUCUGUUAUCACCACUCCAAUUCUUCUGAGGUCCACAAAAGCUCAUAUAUUUUGGUUAGUCUCUAAGGUGCCACAGGACUCCUCAUUGUUUGUAAAUUAUGAGGGAGUGAGCCAUAAUUUGUGUCAUUCAUAGCUAAUCUGUGUCUCUCAUUGCUUAUCUCCACAGUAUGUUAGUGCCUAACGUAUUAGUGGGGAAAUACUAUUUCUUUCAUUGAGAGAUCAAAACUAUGCUCCUUCAUUGCUGCUAUGCUGCUACUGAUGCAAGAAGCAGAAAAAGCCCAGCUGGAUUUUCAGCUCUCAGAAUGAGUUUUGAAGCCAGCCCACAGAAGAUCCUCUUUCAGGGAGAAAUUCACACUUAUGCAAAGGGCCCGCCACACACAAGGCCUAUGUAUGUCCCACAGAUCUCACAAUUGUGUUUCAGUGGUGCAGGUGCCUCUGCACAGUGGUAAAUUUCACUCAAUGUGUAAACUGAGAAAAUCUGAUCCAGAUUCAAUUAAGAGAGAAUAUACAACAGGUCUCAGUCUCAUGUUAGUCAUUUUUCCUGACUGCACUUUAUAAAGUAUGGCAUCAGUGUUAAGUAUCUUCUCCUUUAGAAUACCUAGCUUUGCCCCCACUUACCUUGCAUAUUGUUCUACACAAGAAAACAUUAAAUGAUGCUCUUCUCUACAAAUGUGGCUACUUAAAACUGUGAUAAAAAGCAAAAUGCAGGAUUAUGUAGCACUUCAAAGACUAACAAGAUGGUUUA